UUACGGGUCGUUCUUCUAGCGCUCAUCGUGUCUACUUGGACCGUUCUUCAUCUUCGAAUCCGCAGUCCGGUCGACGGGCGUUGAACGAACAAAAAUGGCCCUGUUAUCCCUUCGCCUGGCUGCCUCCGUGGCGAAACAACUGCCAAAUGCUACCGUACAGGUUCACUGGCCGGUAAGCUGUCUUGCAGCUCGCAAAUACCAUGUUUCCUGCAGUCGGCGAUCCGCUGAGAUCUCUGCUAUCUUGGAGGAGCGGAUCAUGGGGGCUGCCCCAAAAGCCAACCUGGAAGAGACUGGCCGAGUACUCAGCAUCGGUGACGGUAUUGCUCGAGUUUAUGGUCUGAAGAACAUCCAAGCUGACGAGAUGGUGGAAUUCAGCUCGGGACUAAAGGGCAUGGCUUUGAAUUUGGAGCCCGAUAACGUGGGUGUGGUCGUCUUUGGUAAUGACAGACACAUUAUGGAGGGUGACAUUGUCAAGCGUACGGGUGCUAUUGUCGACGUUCCUGUCGGUGAUCAGCUUCUCGGACGAGUAGUCGAUGCUUUGGGUAAUCCCAUCGACGGUAAAGGCCCAUUGAACAACAAGCUGAGAUUCCGUAUCGGAACCAAAGCUCCUGGUAUUAUUCCUAGGGAGUCUGUCAGGGAGCCCAUGCAAACUGGAAUCAAAGCCGUCGAUUCCCUCGUGCCAAUCGGUCGUGGUCAGCGUGAGUUGAUCAUCGGUGACAGGCAGACAGGAAAAACUGCGUUGGCUAUCGACACAAUAAUCAACCAAAAACGUUUCAACGACGCCGGAGAUGAAAAGAAGAAGCUGUACUGUAUCUACGUAGCUAUCGGACAGAAGCGUUCCACAGUCGCCCAGAUCGUGAAGCGUUUGACGGACAGCGGAGCAAUCGGUUAUACGAUCAUAGUUUCGGCCACGGCGUCCGAUGCUGCGCCCCUGCAAUACCUCGCGCCUUACUCCGGCUGUGCCAUGGGUGAAUUUUUCCGUGAUAACGGCAAGCACGCCCUCAUCAUCUACGACGAUCUGUCGAAACAGGCCGUAGCCUAUCGUCAGAUGUCUCUAUUGCUCAGGAGACCUCCAGGUCGUGAGGCUUACCCCGGAGAUGUGUUCUACCUUCACUCCCGUCUGCUUGAGAGAGCAGCCAAAAUGAACACCACCCUUGGCGGUGGAUCGCUCACGGCCUUGCCCAUCAUCGAGACUCAGGCCGGUGAUGUAUCCGCCUACAUCCCAACCAACGUAAUCUCCAUUACCGACGGUCAAAUCUUCUUGGAGACUGAGCUCUUCUACAAGGGUAUUCGUCCCGCUAUCAACGUCGGUCUUUCUGUAUCCCGUGUCGGUUCGGCUGCCCAGACCAAAGCCAUGAAACAGGUUGCCGGUUCAAUGAAACUCGAAUUGGCCCAGUAUCGUGAGGUCGCCGCUUUCGCCCAGUUCGGUUCGGACUUGGACGCUGCCACCCAACAACUCCUCAACCGUGGUGUUCGGCUUACCGAGCUCCUCAAGCAGGGCCAAUAUGUGCCCAUGGCCAUCGAGGAACAAGUAGCCGUUAUCUACUGCGGUGUCCGUGGAUACCUCGAUAAAAUGGAUCCCGCCAAAAUCACUGCCUUCGAGAAGGAAUUCCUUGCGCACAUUAGGGCGACUCAGCAAGAUCUCAUUCAGACGAUCGCUAAGGAAAAUAUCAUCAGCGAAUCUUCGGACGCUAAACUCAAGAAGGUCGUGACCGAUUUCCUGUCCUCAUUCGGAGCAUAAGAAGUUAUCGAGUACGAGUAACAACAGCUCCCUAACAUCGUCACCACCGGUCACCGUUGCCACUGUUUCGCCUAUCAAUACUCUCGAGUAUCAAGCGCGUAAAUUAGUCGAUGAAACUCCCAAUUUUCAUAUUUUCCCUUCCCACAAGAUCGAGGAUUGUGGAGACGUAACAACGAUACUCGCGGAUAUACGCCAAGGUGGACAGAAGGUGAACGGGAAGAGAGAGAGAGAGAGAGAAAAAAGAGAGAGAGCAAAAAGAAACAGAACGAGGGUGAUAAUUUGAACAUCGCCGUAUUAAAAUCAUCAACAAUUCCACAAAAGUUAGAAGCGAUAACUGUACGAUAGUCACCGACAUAUUAUAAUUGAUACGUUGCUCGUUGGUAUUUAAAAUAAACGUUAAAUCACCCACGA